UCAGACUCCUCCCAGACGUGUCUGGGAGGAAAGCUCCAGUGAGCAGCAGGAUCUGCUCACUGACAGAUGCUUCAUCCACAACCUGCAGACGGAGCCUGAAGAAUUUCACAUUCAAGUCAGAAAAUGAGAGCCUUUAUUUCACUAGUGACCGUUUUGUGGGGGGUAACAAUACCCUGCGUGGACGCAAUUCACGGAUUAUACACCUUCGGUCAGCAUGAUUUAUUCCACAAAAAGAACAGCUGCAAGAAGAUUCCUGAAAAUCUCCUCCUGUGCAAUGACAUAGAAUACAGUGAGAUGCGCCUCCCGAACCUGCUCGGACACGAAACCAUGAAUGAGGUCCUGCAGCAAGCAUCGUCCUGGACACCCCUGGUUCAGAAGCAGUGUCAUCCCGACACAAAGAGGUUCCUGUGCUCUCUCUUCGCCCCCGUCUGUCUGGACGACCAGGACGAGCCCAUCCAGCCAUGCAGGUCUCUGUGCGAAAGCGUCCGGCAUGGAUGCGGACCCGUUAUGCUCGCGUUUGGGUACCCGUGGCCAGAUAUGUUGGACUGCAACCGCUUCCCACCAGACAACGACUUGUGCAUACCGCCAGCAAGCGUUGAAAACGUUGUCCCUGUCACAAGAGAGGUCCCCAGGGUGUGUGAUGCUUGCAAAGAAACUGAAGAAAAUGGCAACGAAAUUGUUGACAGUCUGUGCAAGAAUGAUUUUGCUCUGAAAAUCAAAUUCAAAGAGAUCUCCUACAUUAAUGGUGACACCAAAAUAGUGCCAGAGACCAAGAGCAAGACCAUUUACAUGAUGAAUGGGGUGACAGAGCGUGAACUGAGGAAGACGGAGCUGUGGCUGAAGGAUGGACUUCGGUGCGUCUGUGACGAGAUGAAUGACAUCAAUGGCUCCUACCUGGUCAUGGGCCAGAAGAUGGAUGGCCAUCUGGUCAUCACCUCCCUGAAGCGCUGGCAGAGAGGACAGCGGGAGUUUAAGAGGAUUUCACGCAGCAUUCGUAAAAAGCAGUGCUAGAGCUGAAAACUAAGUUUAGUUAAGGUUUUUCUACUAAGCGAACAUGUUUCCAGAUUUCAUUUGACACCUUUCUUAAAGGCCUUAACAAACUACCAUUUUUAAUGGCCUUUAAAAAGUAUUGGGUAUUAGAAAUGGGAUGUUGACCAUUUUUGUAUUAUUGUCAACUUCCUAUUAAGAUUAAACAAGUGCUUCCUAGUGUAGAGUAGGAAAAGGUCUGUCUUUCAGAGCUCUUCCUUCACCUCCUAAUCGAUAUAAACACGCAGACUGCAUUAAUAACAAGCAGAAUUGCAUUACAUGAGACUGGAAUCUGUGGCAGCAUAAUCUAUAGAAACAACCAGUUAUCAAACUGGCAUUUUUAUUCUGUCACUGAUGUUCUAGAUCUGCAAAUGAACUUUUUAUUAUUAAAUAUGAUCUAGAUUUAACUUUUAAGUGAUCAAACUACCGAAACGUGUUACUUAAACAUUUCUAUUUUAACCUUAGUACCAGACAGAUAACCAAUUAAUUUUGCAUGAUGCACUGAACAAAAGUUUGAUUCUGGUGUUCGCUCAAAUUGGGAUGUUUAAACAAUUUUCUACUUUUAUAUAUAACCUAAAUUUCUCAAGUAAAUACAAGAAAUAGCUGGCUAUAUUCUCUUUUCUCUUUAUUCAUUGUAACAUUAACAGACUCUUUUAUAUGAGCACCUCUCCCUUUUUUAUCGACCUCCGAUAAAAAAAUUAUUUUUCUACUCUAGCGCUUCUUUUACCGUGUAAUUUUUGUUUGACUGUUCUUUUGUUCCAUCCACCAGAUCGAACUCAUAGGUCAAAAUAUGCAUUAUGGUAGGAGGUUGUUGUAUGUUUACAUUUGAAGGUAUUGCAGUGUAAAUAAAAUGUUUUUUUCACAAAA